CUCUUCUUACCUUCCCAGGUUCCAUGCUGUGCAGUCUGCCCCGACCUUCACGGCGAUGGGCACGCGGUACUUCUACCAGUUCAACAUCUCGCUGUGCGGCAACAACGGGAUCGGGGAGGCCUCGUGCCUGGACAACAUCACAGCAGUGGAGGGACAGGGGGGCAGGCCAGGAGAGGUUGGAGACGUGGUGAAAGGCAUGGUGUGCCGCUCUACCAUCAUCCCUACCAACAACAAGGGCAUCGCUCAGGUCAUCUCUGCACAGCCCGACAGCCUUGGAGACCGUCUGCUGAACGUGACCCUUGCCGGAGUGAACAACACGGGAACGGCCAUGUCUGAGAUGGUGGAUCUGUUUGAGCCGGAGAAGGAUGGCAUCCACGAUCUCAUGUUCGAGUUCCAGUCUGAGAAGUCGACCAUGGCGUGCCCUGAAGGGCGGCGUACCCUGAUCUACCUGCGCUGUGAUUACACCCAGACUGGGGAGGGGAAGAUAGAGCUGCCACGGAACUGUCCCACUGGCACUUGUACAGGGUGUGAUUUCCACUUCCUGUGGCACACGCAGCAGGCCUGUCCUCUGUGCACCGAGAGGGACUUCUCCAGCAUAGAGGGGCAGUGCAAGGAUGGACAGCAGGUCACCAAGUACCUCUGGACACAGACUGAGUACAGGACCUGUCGUGACGGUGUGGCCCUGCCCCAGACCAAGACUAAGAAGUGCCAUGUUCUCUCCAUCAGGGACCCCAUGGUCCAGAUAGGAGUGGGCCUGGCCACCUGCUGCUCCAUCCUGCUGGUUUGUAUGCUGGUCUACUUCUGGAGGAAGAACAGGAAACUUGAGUACAAGUACAUGCGACUGAUGCAGAACUCCACCAAGCCUGGAGAACUCCCCAAGGUCGAGUCCUGCGUUGAUGACGGCGAGGACGAAGACGAGGUCAUCUUUAACGAGGGCGGGAACUCCGCCUCCACGCUCUUCAACAAGUUCAAGAACAAGAUGCAGUCCAAGAUGGCCGGAGAAGGAGACAACCCGUUCGAGUCCAUCCAGCUGACACCAAAGCAACAGCUCUCCAAUAUAUGAGGACGCUGAAGACAACCCCCCCCCCCAACAAGGUUCAGCCCCCCCUGACAACAAAGACCCCCCCUCCAACUACUGCUGCUACUCCAGCUAGAGUCCCCCUUCUAUGAAAUAACAUCGUCCACUCCAAGUUUGCAAUGUUUCAGAAAACUUUUAAAUCAAAUUGUUCCUCUCAAGACCCUCUAUUCUGGUGGGAAAUUUGUAUUUAUUUCGUUUCUCAAAAGGCUCAAUGGAACUAAAUGUAAUUGUUAGUAAUCAAUUACAAAAAUAUGACAGUCACUAUAGUUAGGAAGCAAGAGUUUAUUUAGGACAUAUUAAGUAUUCAAGUGCAUUCUUUUGUGUCUUUCAUCAAGAAAAAUGUAUCUUUGUAUUUAGAUGUCUGACUUCUUGCCCCUUGAAAGGAAUUUUUAUUUUUCAUUGUUAUUUGCAAUUUGUGACCAAAGUUGGUAAUUUCAGGGGGCUGGUUAGAAUUGGCCCAGUGAAACUCUUCUCCCAAAAAGGGCAGAAAUUGUUCUUAGAUUUCUAGGACUUGUGCAAUGGUGAGAUUAUCCUUUCUUGAAACAAUCAUAUCAUUUGUAGGCUGCAAGAUUAUUUUAAAAUGGAACUUUUUUUUUCUGGUUAGAAUUCUAUUGAAAAAAAGUUAUAUCUUGCUGCCGAUAUCUUUGCAUCUUGAUCAGUUGUAUAAAAUGAUGAGAUCUUCCAGGAGAAAGAAAAACGACUCUUCAGAAAGUAGAUAAUUGAACAAGGAAAGAGGAAGACGACACACACUGUCAAUCACAGUAAGAUUUUGUGUCAUGUUUUAUGGGAAUGUAUAGGUGGUAUGAUCUAUGUUCGAUAUGUCAAAAUAUUAUAAGUGAUUUUUCCCACACAGUACUAUCUAUUGUAGCUUUCUGCAUGUGUCAAGGUCGAAUAUUAUAUGGUCUUAAGUUUCCAAUCAUUCCACGAGCAAAGUGUCAGGAACACAGUCAUUGUAACAAGGAUGUUUUUUUUCAGUUAUUAUAAAUGAUGAUGUUGUGUUUGUAUAUCUUAGAGCAAUGGUGAAUGGAUCUGUAUAUAAAUAUUUUGCAUAAUCAGAUGAUUGUUUGACCACAAGGUACAAGGUUCUUUUUGUAAAUGUUGGGUCUGUAAUUUUCUUAUUUACCUAGAUGUGAUAUAUAUAGUUAUGGUGAUUUUGUACACAGUCUUGCUAUGUUAUAAGUGUAUGUUGGGGCAUGGCACCAAUGCCUUCUUGGUUCUUGAUCAUAAAGGAUGGGAUUGAAAAGAAAAACAGCAUAAAAGAUUCUUUAAGCAAAGUCCUGUCUUUGACGACCUCGCAAAUUGACCAGAGUCAAGCCAGGAGUUGAAAGAAUUGGCAAUAACAUAGAGCAUUUUUUUUUUGCAAUAUGUAUUUUAGAUUUGUGUAUCCUUCUGUUUGAGAACCAUGGAAGUGUAUUGGUUUAAGACCAUACCUGGUGAAAGUUUGCAUAUCAUUUUAAUGUUUAAAUUUAAUGUUACUUGUAAGGGAGAAUAUCUGGCUACGUUUCUCGAAUUCAAGGUAAAUUUGAUGUUUUGUUGUGAAAUCCUGUACCACUGUUUGUGAUUGAGUUGUGCAAUAAGAGAUUUGCAGGAUCCAAAAAGAUACUGAAUUCUAUUUGCCUGUAGUAAUCAACAUUCCAUGUUAAAACUUCACAAUUUGCCACUUGCAAUGUGCAUUGCUCAUUAGAAAUCCAUAAGUUGCAUUAUAUAACAACCACUUCAGCCAUAUUUCAUAAGCUUAUGUUUUUUUAAAUUAGAAUUUGUCAUUCCAAGAAAUAUAAUGAUUAAUAUUCUGCUUGUAAUUUGUAAGGUAGGUAUACUUGACUUCAUUCCUACAUGUUAUGCAUUUCGAAUGUAUAACGCGAUUGUUCAUGUUUUUAAGCGAAGUAAACCAUCCUUAGCUUGAGCUGUUAUUUUGCAAUGACAUUCACACAUGUAAUUUUAGAUAUGGAACACAUUUGCUAAAUAUACAUUGUGUUUGGAUAUACCAACAUAUAUAUAGUGUUAUCUUCAAAGUUCAUAGACUUGUUCGUUUGUGUACAAUCUUAGGUAACAUUCCCCGCCAUGGUAUUUACAGUUAUAGUUAAUAGGAUUUAAUGUAUUUAUGGUAUGAAGACAUUUGGAAACUUCAUUAUAAUCAGAAUGUUUGCUGGAACUGCUCCAAAUACAGUGUAGUUAUGUGUAUGUAAACUAAUUAAGAACAAUCAUUAUUUUGCAUCUAAGUACAAUCAAUUCCUAUAUGCAGUCAAAGUUGGAUUCAAGUUAGUCGUGUUUUGUAUUUUUUUUUUUCAAAAGUUCCAUAUCAGUCUCGUUUUAUUGUUUGUCCUAAAUGGUGAUAAUUUCCCCUCUUUUGGUGUGCUUUAAUAAAAUAAAAUAAAAUGUGGUAUGGUUUAU